ACAUCCUGUACAGGUUAAAAGACAUUCGAACAGUGACCCAGUCUCUCUUGCCUUCUCCCUCUUGUGACUGACGGCUACGAUCUGACUUGAUGCCUCCGUUCCAUGCUAUCUCAACUCAAGGCAGGAGGAAAGCCCUCCUCAUUGGCAUCAACUACAAAUGGAAGAGUUCAGAAGACUUCAUGCCGCUCAACGGCCCUAUAAAUGACGUGAAUGAGAUGAGGAAGGUUCUGCUAGAAAUUUAUGGAUAUCGGGAUGAAGAUGUCGUUAUCAUGACCGAUGACGAUGAAGCCGAGAAUACAUCCAGUAGAUGGCCUACGCGAUGUAACAUUAUCGUCGCGAUCCAACAGCUUGUACAUGGCGCGCGUGCUGGAGACUCGUUGGUCUUUCACUAUGCCGGGCACUCAUGGCAAACCAAAGCGACAUUGGAUCAAAAUGAGGAAGAUAAUAUGGACGAGGCCCUCAUCACAUGUGACCUUCAAUGGAUCUUGGAUGACGACCUGCGGAAAUAUUUGGUCGACCCCCUUCCUUCCAGGAGCAGGUUGACAGCAAUUUUCGAUUCGUGCCAUUCUGGUACCCUUCUGGAUCUCCCUCAUUACCAUUGCAACAACUUUCUCAGCAGGAUCUCUUCGCAUCCAAUAGCGACACCUAACCCUCGCAUACUCCAGUCUAAUAAACGUUCACAGACGCUUCCUGCACACAUCCUGUCUAAGCAUUUCAAUGGGCUCCCGAGGGCUUCGGGUCGAAGAGCAUGCAAAUCGAGAAUAGUCCGGCUCCGAAACGUAGUUGGUGCGAUAAUCAGGCUGAAAACAGUCACGAAGAAGCUGGAUCUUGCCGCUGUCUCCCCGACUCAGACAGGGAGCGUAUCUUUCCCGAAACAGCAGCCUAUAUGCACCAGAUCUUGUAAGUAUACAUACAUGGAGGACGGGCCUAUCGUCAUCUCAAUGUCGUCUUGUGCUGAUCAUCAGCUGGCAUGGGAGAACCGUAAAUGUCAAGGAGCAAUGACAGCAGCGCUUGUGCGCAUCUUAAGACAGAACCCCUCUAUCACUGUUUCCGACCUCAAACAAAGUCUACGAACAAGUCUGUGGGACGCCGCCUGCGAGCGUUAUAUGUAUCUUCGUCAGGAGGGUUCAGGAGGAUCCCCGCUUGCAUUUGAUGUGCAGUCACCGCAAUUAGGAAGUCUGCGGCGAUUGUCGCAUAAUGAGCAGUUCAUUGCUGAGCAUGAACGCAGCAUAUAUUGACUUCCUGGACCGCCAUGUCUGCCUUGCACUAUCUGAAUGGCACCCUUUUGAUCCUCUCCAUGUCAUUUUCCCCAGUGGAAUGAUGGCUUCCCCGUGUCUCUUCCUCUGCAUCUAUCCGAUAUCUCUUUGAUACCCUGAUACCACUUUCUUGGUCUUUACUUUUCUACUCAUCACAAAGUCAUGUACUUGCACUUUACCGUGUCCUUCUUGAGAAAUCAGCAAUGCUACUUAGCUUCCAUCGGAUAAAGCAACCGAUGUCUUCACAC